AUGGAGCUUGGGAGCACCAGAAGAGGGUACAAUUCUCUGUGUGUGUCUUCCUUUGGUUUUCUUUCCAGUUUCAUCUCCAUCUCUGACCUACAGUGUCAGCAGUGCACACCAUGCUGCAGCCACCUGACCUGGAGCACUAAUGAGUUUAAAGAAUGGUCCCAUCGAGGACAAGAUUCUAUACCCAUGUACAGUGCUUUGCCAAGGAGUUACCUGAUUUUAGUUGGCUAUUUAACAGAUGGAAGGCAAGAGGACAAAGAGAAAUUGGUACAUGGUUGCCUCUAUGUGAAAGACAAUACUGGGAUAAUUCCAUGUGAGCUUCUACAUUUUGAACUUGAGUGGCUGGAGUCACUGUUCCUCUUCCCAAGCUGGUCGUACAUACCACAGACAGACCAGCAUGCAGGGUAUGUGGAAAUCCUGAUGGAUCCAGUGCCAGUAAAUGUCCCAAAGGAAACACCAGACAGCAUUUCAGUUGCCUACCCUGCAGCAGCGGAGUCACUGCUUACCUCCAGGAUUCCUUGUAAGAAAAGGUCAAACCUCACUGUGGCAGGUGAAUUAGUCAGACUUGGGCCUCUCCUUUGUAUUCGUCACAAGACAUUCUUCUUUUUGUUUCUGAAGUGCUUCACCUCAGCUGUUUGGGUCCCUGUGCUGGUGCAGAAGUCCAGCCAGCUGGCAUGGCAUCAUACCCUCCAGCUGGGUCACAGGUACUCAAUAACAGGCCUGAGUAUGUCCAGCCUGAAGAAAUCUGGACUAAGGGUGUUUGUCACCAGUGUUUCUUCCUGCCUUCUGCCCUACCGUGCAGACCAGAUGAGGGAGCAGCCACUGGACAGUGUUUGGCAAGGAGAAUCUACUCAGUCUUCUUUCCUUGAGACUGCUGAGCAGCUCAGUGAUUCCUUGGAGCUGGGAGUUGAAGAGGAGAGGCCAGGAUCAACAAAAGAGUCCAAGAUCAUUUCAUAUUUGGGAACUAUCACGAAAAUACUCAAUGCCCAAGCUGGUCUCUUUUUACUGGAUAACAAAGUCUGCUUGUGCCUUGCUUACCAGCAGAUGUUGCAUUCUGCACGUGGACUUCGACCUGGAGCAUGUGUGGAGCUCAUCGAUGUCCACCUCCUGCAGAAGCCUCUGCUAUCGUUCCCUUUUGUUGUACUUGGUGCUUGCCUGAGCAGCACUGUUUUGCUGAAGAGUUUUUCAAGGCUCAGCACCCCGUACCAGCCUCCAGCCUCUUCAGGAAAUCUGUACCUACAGCUGCUCUUCCGCUACAAUGUUGGUAUGCCACUUUACCUCUGGCUGGUGAGCCUCUUGGAGACGUUUGUGGAGAGGUUUUCUUGUUUCUAUGGGCACCGUCAACUGUUACGUAUGCACCAAAACCCUGGAGCUGCUGAGAAGUUUCUUGUCCCCCUUCUGCAAACUGUGAUGCCCAAUAGAGAGGAAACAAGAGAUAUUUAUAAUGAAAUCCUAGGAAAAAUACACCACUGUCCCCUGCAGAAGUAUUUGACCCUGAAUCCUCCAUGCCAGGCCCCAUCUUUGUCUGCAGUUUGGCAUGUGGCAGAACAGAAGAGCUGGGAAGGCUUCAGCCCAUCACAGCUUCUUUCCCCCCUGGAGGCACAGCACAUGGGCACCCAGGAGCUGAACCGUAGACUGGCCUGGUCCUACUGCACACUNNNAGCAGGAAGUUUCCAGCCCCGCCUAGUACUACUGGGUGUGCUGAGAGUCUCCUCCAGGAGCAGUUCCCUCCAGCUGCAGGACAAGAGUAGCACACUUCCCUGUGUGAUAUCCCAAAAGGAUGGUAGCCCCUUUGCCCAUACAGCUUUCAUAGGAUCGCUCUUGCAGGUGGAAAACUACCAGCUUAUAGUGGAGAGAUUCCUUCAGACUGAUUUUCCCUCCUGGGAGCACUUGCCAAAUCUGGAGCAUGUGAGGGAGAAAAAACACAGUGUCUAUGUGCAGUUCUACUUAGAGGAUGUUCAGGUUCUCCAUGCUGCUGAAGGACAAAUCCAGGAAAAUGUUGAGGGUGGAAACAGCUCCUCUGGGAGGAAGAAGGAUGGUGGCAGCUUAACAUCUGAGCUGGAAACCCAAGAGGCAAAAAUGCUGAAACUGGAGGAUCCUGAGCCAGAUACUCACAGAGAUGAGAACUGUCAGGAGUCCCAGAACAACACUAGAAGAGCCAGCUGUGUAUCUCGCCUAUUCUUGGUUACCCAGAAGGAGGGUCUUAUGUUACGCAAUUAUGGUCUACUCAGAGAAGAAGAUGGAAAAGGAUGGGAGCUGCAGCACAGUUUCCAAGCCACUGUGCUAUGGCUGAGCAGACCUCAGCUCUGGAGCCACCCCAGAGAAGUGAGGAAUCUAUCAAAGCUGGAGAAGACGAGCUGUGAUGGAGAAGAGGGCGUGGCACAGCAAGAAGCACUGCUGCUCUUUAUGGGGAAGUCUCUACGAUGGUUUCCAUUUCUACAUCUGGAUGGACUGUAUCACUUCAUUGUGCCCCACUGCUCGGACUUGGAAGUGUUUGACAAGCUCUCGUUACCACCUGUGCCAGUAAAAUUGUUGAGCAGGUCAUCCUGCCCCUUGUGCCUGCCGGUCCAAGAUACCUGGCACUUAAAGCAUGAGACAUGGAUCUCCUGCCUGCCUGAGCACCAGCUGGCAGCCAGGGCAGUGUUGACAGGCAUGGACCAGAGAAUUUCCUCCAUUCCAGAAGUACUUAGCAACAGUUUCACAGGUUCCCUUGUUUCUUUCUCUGGUGACAUAGUGGAGAGGACCUUGUGUGCCUCUCCCAAGAAUGAGAAGCUAUCUGCAAAUGCUGACCUUCGAAAGCAGAAAGGGAGUCUGCUAGCCAGGGAACACAGCGUGAAGCUCAGCGUCUCGGUUGCUCCAGGCUCCCCUGUUGUGCUGGAUGUCUAUAUAGCUGCCACUUACCUGCAGCAUCUCUGGGGGUUGCUGCCUGGAGCCAAGAUCCUCUUCCAGAACUUGGAACGCAGAAUCUCAAGAUUCCAUAAUGUUUAUUGUACAUACAUUGCCUCCAGCUGUUUGAACGUCAUAUCUCUGCCAGCGUCUCACCUAUCUUUUCCUUCCAGUCUUGCAGGAGAAGCCUCAUCCCCCUCACUAGUGUUUCUAUCCAGCUUGCAUCCUCACCUGCAAAACCUACCCCAGGCACGGAUUUUAUGCCACUUGUCCUGUGUACUGACUCUGUCCCUGCAAUGGGUUUGCUCACUUUGCAACAGCAUCUUCAAAGAGGGGAGGUGCACCCGAAGGAGUCCACCAUGUCCAUCACACAUAGGAGUGAGGCAAGCCAGUGCACGGGUGCUGGUGGAGGAUGGAACAGGUGAAGCUUUGGUGCUGUGCAGGAACCAGCAUGUGGCAGCAAUGCUGAGCCUGAGCCUUCUUGAGUGGGAAGCUCUGCAGAACUGUGUGCAGAGCAGGGGCAUAGUGUCCAUCCAACAUGGAGAAGCUACUGGCACAGGGUGUGUAGAGGAACCUGAGGAUCUCAUUGCUUGCUACCUAAGGAGCCUGUGCAGGAGUCCUCUUAUCUGUCGCCCUAUCCUGCUGGAUUUCAGCCUAGACAGGAAAGCCUCCAAGAUCCCACAGACUGCUCCACUGCAGCUGAGAAAUUUUCGGUGUGGUGAAGUGGAGUUUGUGUCACAAGUGGAACCUCGGCCGAACCUACUGUGCCUGAAUGUGCAGGAAGUGGAACAAGACACCUUAAGCCAUCUGAACAGCAGGAGGAUUAUGAGGACAUCAAGUCACUGCUGA